AUGUACACCCUCAACAGACUGUGGGCAGAGGAGAGCACUUCGUUUAUCUCCAUGCUCAAACAGCUGCAGCCACCAAAAGAGACAGCUGAGUGGCUUAAUAACGUGGACGUUGAGGCGUUGACGAGGUCGUACAAUGAGAAGAUCGUCUUCCCUGCAAACGACAGCCGUAUACAGUACUCGGUGCGAGAGCCGGUGUGCAACGGCAUCUUCUUUGCGGGAAA